GAGUCCCACUGAAGCCGAGGAAGGAGCUGGUGUUUUCGGAGCAGCCGUCGGGUCAGCUGGAAAUCCGCUGGUCGUCCAAGUUUAACAUAUCCGUGGAGCCCGUCCUCUAUGUGGUGCAGCGCCGCUGGAACUAUGGCAUCCAUCCCAGCGAGGAUGAUGCCACAGAGUGGGAGACAGUGGCACAGACCACAGAGGAGCGCGUCCAACUGGCCGACAUCAGAGCCAGCAGAUGGUACCAGUUCAGAGUGGCUGCAGUCAAUGUCCAUGGGACCCGCGGCUUCACUGCGCCCAGCAAACACUUCCGCUCCUCCAGAGAUCCAUCCGCCCCUCCCAGCCCCACCAGCCUGCGUAUCGCCAACGUGACGCUGGCCGACGAGGGCCUGGUGACGGCUCGGCUCAACUGGACCCUGCCGGAGGAGCCCGACAUCCCCAUACACCACUACAAAGUGUUCUGGAGCUGGACCGUGCCCACCAAGUCCAUGGUGCCGUCCAAGAAGAAGAGGAGAAAGACCACCAAUGGG